AUGCCAGCCACACAAACCCCCGACUUCAAGAAGGCGGUGAUAGAGAGCAGGAAGCUGAAGGCCAAGCCGACUGACAAUGAACUGCUCGAGCUCUACGGACUGUUCAAACAAGGCUCCCAAGACCCACCCUUCGCCGACACCACGGCCCCCGGCAUGUUCGAGCUAAAGGAAAAAGCCAAGCGCAGCGCCUGGGAGAAACUAGUAAAAGAAGACGUCAAGCCCGCCGAUGCGCAAAAACGCUAUGUCAAGCUCGUGGGCGAGCUGAAGACGAAACAUGGGUUUAGCGGUUAG